ACUAUGAAGAAAACAUUAUUAUUUUUAUUAUCAGGAGUUGCUUUCUUUGCAACUUCAUUUUUUUUUUUUCUCACCAUAAAGCUCCUACACAUGAAAUUGAUGUCGAUUUAAUGAACAAAUGGACUCAUUUUAAACAAAAAUAUAAUAAAAAAUAUUCCGAUACUGAUUUCGAGGUGUACAGAAUCUAAGUAUUUGCCGAAAACUUAUAAAGAAUUAAAGGAGACUCAACCAAAGAAGUUACUUAAUUUAUGGAUUUGACUACUGAAGAAUUUAAAUAAAUAUAUUUGAACUUAAAAAUAAAACAAGUAUCUCCAGUAACUAUUCACACCCCCUCAAAUAACACAUAUUUCGAUUGGUAAUCUGAAAACAAAGUAUCAGCACUUAAAGACUAAGGUUAAUGUGGCUCUUGUUGGGCUUUUUCUACUACUGGUUCUGUAGAAUCUGCUCUUAUUUUAGCUGAAAAAGCUGAUUAAACUAUUAAUUUAUCCGAAUAGGAACUCAUUGAUUGUUCUUAAUCCUACGGAAAUGAAGGAUGUAAUGGGGGUUUAAUGGACUACGGUUUCUAAUACAUUAUUGAGAAAGGAUUAUCAUCAAAUAAAGACUAUCCAUACACUGCUAUUGAUGGAAUUUGCUAAGAUACAUCUAAAUUUUCAAAAGUGAAAAUUUCUAAAUACAUUGAUGUUCCUUAAGGAAACUGUAAUGAACUUAAAACUGCUUUAACUAAAUAACCUGUUUCGAUUGCUGUAGAUGCUGAAUAAUGGUAAUUUUACAGUAAAGGUGUUUUGAAAGAAUGUGGAAAUUAAUUAGACCACGGUGUUUUGUUGGUUGGUUUUGUGCAAAAAGAUAAAGUUGAUGCUUGGAAAAUUAAAAAUUCUUGGGGAACUUUUUGGGGAGAAAAUGGUUAUAUAUAUUUGGCUGAUGGAAAUACUUGUGCCAUUUGUAAUAGUGCUUCUUAUCCAUCUAUUUGAGAAAGAAAGGGAAAAUAGAAGAUUUUUAAUCUAUAUUUAAAAACAAGCAAAAAAAUAAAUAGAAAUUUUAGUUUUGUAAAAUUUAUAAAUUUUUAUUUUAAGUAAAAUUUCAACUUAUUUUUUACGGUAUUUUUUUAUUUUAU